CUCGCGCGCUCUAAGCUCCGCCCGGGAGCUGAACCAGCGCGUGACCUCCAAGGAAACCGAGUAAAUACACACUGGUGCUGCGCGUGCUGCCGAGCCGUGCCUGUCUCCGACGGUUUGGGAAGUGUACGAGGCCGUGAGUGAUGGAAACCAGGCAACAAGAGUCGUACUCUAGCGUUCUGAGUGAAGCAGUGGUGGACUGGGGCAGCAUGGGUCCCGGAGAGGAAUGGGUUAAUUCGGCCGCACACGAGGGCGAGCGGGGUUUGAAUCAGCAAAUGUUGCAUGCGCCGGGUGAGGAAUCCGUUAGGAGGAGCUCGAAAGGGGGCGACUUGGCUCUAACCUUCCAGAAUGGGGAAAGGGCAGCAGACUGGGGUCAAACCUCGCCACCAGGGCAGGAUCAGUGGGGUCAGACGUCAGUGUCUGACUCUGAUAACUGGCUCAUGUCCACCACAUGGGAUAUGCAGCUACACUGCACAGAGCGAGGCCCCCUCACCGCAGGUUUUCUGGACUCUGAGCCGCUGAGAGAGGCCGAUGAAGAUCUGGCAUCCGACGUUACCCUCAACAUGACCGAGGAGGAGAGAGAGGAGAUUCUGCAAGAACUGACUAAACUGGAGGAGGAGAUCAAUACACUCAAACAGGUUCUGUCGUCCAAAGAGAAACAGCAUGCGGAGCUGAAGCAGAAGCUGGGCAUCACUCCCCUGAGCGAGCUCAGGAGCAACUUCAGCAGAGGCUGGCACGACAUGCAGAGCUCCACGGCCUACAAGAAGACAUCUGAGACCCUGCUCACAGCAGGACAGAGGACCUCCACGGCCUUCAGCACCCUCGGCGGCGCCAUCACCAGGAAGUUUGGGGACAUGAGGUCCAACUCUAUAGGCUACUCUAUCAGGCACUCUGUGAGCAUGCCCACCAUGAGAAACUCCCAGAGCUUCAGGUCUUUUGAGGAGAAGGUUGAGAAUACUGUGUCCACUAUCAAGACAAAGGUUGGAGGCACAGGCCCUGGAGGCAGCUUUGAAGAAGUCCUCUCCUCCGCAGCCAACGCCAGUUCUCAGGACACGCCCACCAAUAACUCCAUGGACAGCUCUGAGAGGCCUUGUUAGAUCUUCCUCUAGGCCUAAGCAGGACUUGAGCCGUCACGUAUCUACUCAACGUUCAGUGUGAAUUACAACCCAGUACUUAAUGAUUCACAUGUUUGUACUUGCUUUUGCAAACAAUCCCUUAUAUGUGAUAAAGUCUCCUCCCAUUCUACAAAUUCUUCUGCUUCAUCUCACAAACCUGGGAGUGGUGGGUCUCAUAUGAACAGAACAGCUGCCCUCUAGUGGCCUCAAAAGCUUAUUUCUUCACAGAUGUUGCUGGAUGAGACUGAAAGCAGCUCUAAAACGAACAGGGCUUCCAUGUAUUCCUUCUGUUGCUUAUGAUGAGAACAGUUUCUCUGAUCACAAGCAAAUACUCGCAAUACAAAGAUUUAUAACCUACAAAUAUUUUAGGUUAAAAAAGAUACAUUAUAUAUAAAUAAAUAUAAAAGGCUACUCAAAAUUUUACUAAACCACUUUAUUGGUGUGUAAACAGUAAAACCUAAAUACUGUAUAAAUGAAUCUGCAAAUAUAACUUGCUGAAACGUUUUAAAGACCCUUUGUUUGUAUGGUGAAUCAUACCAAAUGUACUCGGACAAACUACUUUAUAGGAUGACAGAUGGCAUAAAACAUUCACCAAACGUUUUCUGUCACAGGAUCGAAACUAGGUGAGAGAACAUAUAUACAUAUAUUAACAUUGUACAAUAACAGCUGAAUACAGAGCUGUACAAUAAAACCAAGAAGUUGUUUUCUUCCAUUUGCCGAACGGAACAGUUUAACAAUGGUUGACAUUAGGUUUUUACUAUAUAAACGGUUGUUGUUACAAAAGACAAAAAAUAUGCAUCUUUACGUUUUCAAGCAUGGUCUUUGUGACCACAAUAUUUGUUUGUUGUCAAAAUAACUUUGUUUUUUCAACAUAACAUUAAAAAAUGUCUUCAUACUGUC